GCCGGCCACAAAAGAUUUUCCAUUCCUUGGCUCCACGUUCCUGCUUCCUAGCUAGUCCCAGGGGUGGAACCGAGGCAGGAAAGGAGGACGAAUUCUUGUGGCCACCCGCCACCAUCGCCAAGGCUUUCGGGGCGCGGAGAUGCCGCCGUCGUUGUCCUCCUCCGUCCAACGCGCGACGAGCGACGCGCUCAUCGGUCCCGACUGGGCGACGAACCUCGAGAUCUGCGACACCCUCAACCGCGAUCCAGGGCAUACAAAAGAUGUUGUCAAGUCUCUCAAGAAACGCAUUGCGCACAAGAACUCGAAGGUCCAGCUUCUCGCUCUCACGUUGCUGGAGACAAUGAUUAAAAAUUGUGGGGACAUUGUCCAUAUGCAUGUUGCUGAGAGAGACGUACUUCGUGAAAUGGUGAAGAUAGUAAAGAAAAGGCCUGAUUAUCAUGUAAAAGAGAAGAUUCUCACGCUGAUCGACACUUGGCAAGAAUUUUUUGGCGGCGCACGUUCAAAAUAUCCGCAAUACUAUGCAUCAUACCAGGACCUUUUGCGUGCCGGAGCUGUAUUUCCUCAAAGAUCAAAUGGAUCUGUGCCAAUAUUUACUCCUGCGCAGAGUCAGCCUCUACAAAACUAUCCUCCUGCUCUACGCGAUGCUGACCACGGGGCUCCUGAAUCGUCAGCGCAGGAUUUUCCUGCCACAAGCCUGGCAGAUAUUCAGAAUGCACGGGGUAUCAUGGACGUUCUAUCGGAGAUGUUGAAUGCUUUAGAUCCUAGUAAAAGACAGGAACUUCGUCAGGAUGUCAUCGUUGACCUUGUGGAUCAGUGCCGUACAUACAAGCAGAGAGUCGUGCAGCUUGUCAACAGUACCUCGGACGAGGGGUUGCUCAGCCAGGGUCUUUGUUUGAAUGAUGAUUUGCAGCGUGUUUUAGCAAAACACGACGCUAUUGCCGCGGGCAUAGCAGUUCCGGUGGAGAAGCAGAGAUCGCUCCAUUCCGCGCUAGCGAAGCCAGAUACCACAAAAGAAGCAGUGCAGAGGUCUUCAGCAGCUACUACAAGUGCAAGCAAGCAGUCACCCUUUGAACAAUUAGCACUUCCUGCACCUCCAUCAUCGAGCAGUGCAAAAUCAGUUGUUGCAGCACCAGCUCCUAGUUUCGACCUCCUUAGUGGAGAUGACUACAUCAAACCUGAACCUGAAAACUCGCUGGCGCUUGUUCCUGUCAGUGAAUACUCAGCUUCAGACCAGAAUGUAUUGGCCCUUGCAGACAUGUUCCAACAAAAUAGUGCUGCUGCCAACAAUAGAAACCACAACCAGCUUACAAACUCUGUUAUUUCCCCUGCAUCUCGAGCAAACCCUGCUCCAGUGCACUCUACUCUGCCUCAACAACCCACUACUUAUUCAAAUGGCGAAAUCGUACCUUACGGUCAACAAUCCCAACUGAACGCCACAAGGUCAUGGAAUGGGCAGCCUGCUUAUGGAGUGGAUUCCCAACGGCAAGCACUAAAUUAUGGUGUAGAGGAUCAGAACAGAGGCCUUCCACCAGCACCCUGGGAAAUUCAGCACUUGACGGGUAACCAACCCCAACAAGCACAAAGUGGUCAAGGAUUCAUGUCAACACAACAAAUGCCAGGAGGUAUGCGCUUGCCACCGGUGCUCGGCGCGCAGCAAGCACCACAGUUUGUGCCGAACAUGCAAUACGGGGGCAUGUACCCGAAUUCGAUGCAAAUCAACCAAGGAAUGGGCAUGAACUCCCAACAGAUUGUCGGUGGACAGUUUUAUGGGAUGAACUAUCAACAGUCAUAUGCAGUUCAAAUGGCCGGUUAUGGGUAUGUGCACCAAUCUGGAGGCUACUACAUCCCGAACACCGCAUAUGCGUAUACCAGUGCAAAUGAACUUUCUCAGAGAAUGAAUGGAGCAACGUCAUCCUUUUCUCUGAAGCAGCAGAACAAAGCAAGCAGGCCAGAAGACUCGCUCUUUGGCGAUCUUCUUAGCAUAGCCAAAAUGAAGCAGAGCAAACCUGCAGCUGGUAAGGUCGGUGGCUUGUAAGAAGAAGGGUGGAGUGGAUGCAUGAUUUUGCCAGCAGCAAAAGCUUUACCUCGAACUCUCGUAGUACAUAAUUCUAUUUGGCACUUUUGGUACAAUGCCAGAUGGUUUAUUGAUGUAAAUUCCAUUUUUAGGCACGGAUACAUACUGGAAAGUACUGGACUGUAUGAUUCCUGUAUGAUAUGGUGUGAUUAUAUAAUACAGUUACGAAUUUUGUAGUGUCA